UCCACGCGGCACCCGCAAGAAGAUACCCCAUCGUUAAAUGACAGACGGACAUUUGACAGGGCAGAAAUGGAGAGUUAUGAGGAUUUCUGUGCAAGAGUUUUGUCUAAACUACAGUCAGAAAUGAUUCAUCAAAUGAACUGCAGUCCUUUACCUGUUAAAAGGGGAGCAGAUUCCUUUAUCUGCUUUCGUGGCAGGGCUGUACUGUCUCCAGUGCUUAACGAGGAACAAAUAACAGAGAUGGAUGAAUACAAGAAAAGAGCUAUGCACCUGGAAGCAAAAAGACGGAUGCAUCAUAAAAAUAAUCUUCUUAAUCAGAUUCAGACCAAUUCGUGGACCAGUAAGGAACCAAAAACAUUCGACGUUCCAGAAACUGUGAAGCAACCCACUUCUUCUACAAAAACAGCACACAGGAAUGAAUGUACAAUGCAUGAUACUGCAAAACGAACACCUGGUGGUGGCACAGAGCCAUUUAUUUUAACUAGUACACCAUUAGCUGAGAGCUCGGGAGUCAUAGAAGCAAAAGCUGGGGAGAAAAAACAAAUAGAAGAGGAGAUUAAAAGUGAAGAAGUCUCUCUGCAGCACUUACUAAAGAAGUCACGGGAAUUUAUUGAAAAAGAACAAGGUCGCCAGGGGUCGAAGGUCAUCAUCAGCAAGAAGGCCGAUCCCUUUGUGAUGCCCUCCGAAAAUCCGUCGGAUAAAGAAAAUGGCUCAUCUUUACCCUUCUAUACACCCUGCAGUCUCCCACCCAGCCAAUCCUCUCACAGUCCUCUGAUCAGCCCGGAGCCUGGUGUAAGUCUCAGGCCCCACCGCAUACGCCCCCGCCCCAUCUCAGCCUGCAGUAUCUUCUUCACUUACCCCGACAACACCAACCAACCAAGCAUCACGGCCAAUGGGAGGUCACCGGAUGUCUUGACUCCAAGUCAAGAGAGGAGAACACUUGGAGUGGAAAACGUAAGUUCGAAUAGAUUCGAUAACCACAGUCGGUUCAACACAUCGACUGAGACCAUGAACACAAAGGGGGGAUUAAAAACCUCUCCAGUGGAUCCUGAACUCACAAGCCCCUUGUUCAGGAGGAGAUGUCACACGAUGGAUAGCCAGCCAUCUUCACGUCCACUUAUAGAUAGGAGUCAGGAACGAAUGCCUCGGUUUAUGGCCGGGGUCACUUCGAAAACUCCUCCUCGACUCUCUCCUACUUCACCAAUGAGGAAGACCUUCACGCGAGAGACUCCCAUAUCUCCGUCUUAUGGCAAACUAGCAUCCGAGAUGGAAGGAAACAGUGUUAUUGGCACAGCAUUGAUGGAAAGGAGAACAGAUGAGAUGCAAUGGCAAAUCCAUGCAACAGAAAUGCAAAAGCCUCUGGAGGAAGACUAUGCUUUCCGGAUGUCGUGUUUGGCGGCUGAGCAAAAGAGAGAACAACUGCGUCUCAUUCACGAGUCAGAGGAGAGAGGUAGGAUGCUCAGGGGUCAGGGUGUUUUGAGUCCUGUAGCAGACGGGGACGGGUGUGAAUUAAGGGCAGCUGGUGAGUGUUACCCGGUUGUCAGCCCCAUAUGCUCUCUGAGUCCUGGAGACGGAUCAUCGCAUCAUCCGUUGUCCUGCAUUGGUUUUCCAUCUAGCAUGUUGGAUAUCCAGUCACCUUCCAUACAGACUCCUAUUUACAUACGAGGCCUAAAUCACAGCACGGGGAAAAACCGAAACAGACUGAGCCAGGUUAUAACAGCAGAGCAGCAGAGGGCACUGUGUCACCUCUGUGCUAUUGUUAAAGGAUUUCUGACCAGACGACUCCUAACAACCGAAAAAGUCAAACAUCUGCGUCAAACUGUACAAGACACGCAGGAGUUUAUUCGUUCAUUCAGUGCCAAUCAAAUGUCUGAGCAGGAUUUCUGUCUACAGGAGCGAGUCAGAGCUCAGUUACGUGCGGCCCUGUUUGACAUCCAUGACAUCUUCUUUACAAUGACACUGGAGGAGCGUUUGUCUUUGCUACAGCAGGACCGAGAUCUUCGCACAGAGAGAAAGCUCAGAGAGAUGGAAAAAGCAAAAUCCCCAAAAGACAAGAUGAUUCUGUCUGCUGCUACCCAGAAAUCCCUUGAUAGAAAAAAACAGAGAAUGGGUGAAUCUCCAGGUCAGACAAGAAAAGUCCAAAAAACCAAGAGUCCUCCUACCAAACGGAUCCUACAGCCCAGUCAGGGUCAGAACGCUCCUGUUUCAGGCCAGCAGCUACCGCGUCGAGGGAGUUACAAAAAGAGUCCAGAGGAGAGGGUUCAGCAUUCGGAGAGGCUGAAGAAACAGCAUUCACUGGGUUAACCUGAUCUUUUACUGUACAUAUACAGUCAAGAAAAAUUAUACUGUGCAGCUAGCACAUUUUGUCUCAUCUCCAAUUUAAAACUCGAUAAAUAUUGAGAGUCCUAUUAAAAAGAUAAUCUAAGCAUUCAUUAAAAGGAGCGCUGUUACCUCAUCAGCCAGUGUGACACUUCAUAUACACAACAUAUAUUAUUACUCUAUGGUUCUUAUGGUUUGCUUCUGACUAUUAAGGGGCGUGUGCACCAAAACGUUUAAACGUGACUGAAGCGGCAGGCGGACACAAACAAGUUUUUUUCAGCUAAGCGCUUUGGUUGCUAUGAUACUUCUGCUUUGUUUAUCAGUCGUUGAACAAUGUCCCGGUUGGUUGUUGUGUAAUUUGUCCCGCCCCUCCACUGUGAUUGGACGGUUAAGUAAAAAGUGACACUGAGGGGGAGUGCACACCAAGGCAUUUACGUUGGCGGCCAGCGUAUGUUUUCAAUUGUCUCUAAUGGAACCAUUGUGCUUUAAAAAUGUCAGCAGCUGGCGGGUUUUGUCCGUGCUGAGCGCUGGCCCUCUGUGUUUUUUCCACACCCACAAAAUGUUCAACUUUGGGGUAAAUGUUUAGCUUGUCAACGUCACUCUCGGCCAUCCAAUUACAGUGGAGGAAGGGCGGGACAAAUAUCACAACAACCAACUGUUGGCUGUUCAAUGACUGAUAAAAAAAGCAGAAGUAUCAAAGCAACCAAAGCGCUCAGCUGGCAAGCGCCUACAGUCGCCGUCCGCUUGGUGUUUCUGAUGCAUUUAAAUGCUUUGGUGUACACACCCCUUGAGCGUCUCACCUAAAAUUGAAUAUUUUUUAAAGCAACACUAUGUAGUUUUUUUUACCUUUAAAUAAUGUCUCUAAAAUUAUUUCAGUGAUAGAACAACUUUUAACUGGACAAAUUGUACUGUUGCUGCAACCUGAGCAGCCUCCUAGCUGCUACAAGCACACUCUGAAAGUGGCGGUGGAGGGUAGGAAACAGAGUCCCGCCCCUCCACCUGCCUGCAAAAGAGUGUCUGAUACCAGGCACUGUUGCGCUUUUCAACCUCAUGGGGGAGCUGUAAGUCAUUUUUACAUGGAAACUACAUAGUGUUGCUUUAACUCUGGGCGCAAAAAAAGUAAACUCGGUAAAUAAAUAAAAUAAUUGAUCAAAAUCUUGGAAAAACAACCAGAAUUCUCUGCUCUCAAAUGCUGGGGGCGUGUCCCCUGUCUGAGCUGAAACCACGCCCACUGUCAGCAAAGCCACUGGAAAAUCUACAAGCUGAAUGGAUGCUCAUGAUUGGGUUAGGGGUGGGGCUAUGCUACCAUUU